GGUCGGGCGGGCAGUCGCACCGGAGUAGCGUCUCGUGAGGAGAGGGGAGGCGGAGGCUUCAGCGCCACCCACCAGCUGGUCUGUGUGGAGAACUGUGGCUGGUCUCAUCUGAGAACCACAGCCGGACUCCGCUGAGAACCACAGCUGGUCUGUGGAUUCACCGGCCAGUCUGACCAACAAGAUCAACAAACUCGUACAUACGCCGAACGCCACCUGAAAAAUACUCAACACAGGCUGUGGCACUGCCUCACUCCGCUCAACUCACGUUCGACUCCAGUUUGACUCAAGACUCCAUCUCGACUCAAGUUUGACUCAAGACUCCAUCUCGACUCCAGUUUGAAUCCAGGUUGACUUUUUGAGACGUUUCAAGACUCUGAGGAACUCUACCAGUUGACUAUCCUACUCCGAAGAUCGUCUCUGUGAAUACGCCCACCGACUCGCAACAACCCGAGUCAUCAUGCACCCGAGUCACUCGUGCUCGGCUGAACUGCGGCGACUGGGCGACUCCACCGAGUCAGGGAUCUCCGGCAGCUCGUGGCUGAGUCAGUUGUCACUGGCGUCGACUCCGAGUCAGAGUUCAGGCUGUGCGAGUCUGCCGGCCGACCUCAGGAGAGAGUCGGCUCUCACCAGGACUGACUCUGCGCUCUUCCUGUCGCCUUUUCUGCCGUACGUCGAGAUCCCGCCGGAGAGGGGUCUCCAGAAGUACAGGUCCAUUCUGCGUCUGGCCGCGAGAAAGGCCCGCAAAAACCUGCUGAAACAGAACACGCACCAGUGUACGAUUCCUGAGGAGUAUCGCGAGCAGCUCAAACAGAUCUACGUCUAUUGAGAGCUACCAGAGCUACUGGGAGCUACUGGGAGCUACUGAGAGCUACUGGGAGGUGCCGGGAGCUACUGAGAGCUACUAGAGCUACUGAGAGGUGCCGGGAGCUACUGGGAGCUGCUGAGAGCUACUAGAGCUACUGAGAGGUGCCGGGAGCUAUUGGGAGCUACUGAGAGCUACUGAGAGCUACUGGGAGCUACUGGGAGCUACUGAGAGCUACUGAGAGCUACUGGGAGGUACUGGGAGCUGCUGGGAGCUACUGAGAGCUACUGGGAGCUGUCGAGAGCUGUUUGAAGCCUCCGUGAGCUACUGAGAGGUGCCGGUGAUUGUCAGUGACUGUCGGCAGUCACCAGUAACUUCAGCGGCGGUCAGUGGUUGUCAACGGCAGUCAGCAGCUGUUAGCAGCUGCUAGCAGCUGCCAGUGACUGUCAAUGGCUGUAAACGACUGCCACCACCUCUCAGUGACUGUUGGAAGCAGCAGGCAGUGACUGCCUGCCAGACGCUGUCAACAUCUGAUAGUGACGGGCAUCACCUGCUAACAGCUGUCAGUAGCUGCUGUCAGCGUCUGUCAGCGUCUGCCAGCAGCUGCUUGCGGCUGCCUGCGACUGCCAGCAGCUGCUAGUGAAUGCCAGCGUCUGCCGGUAGCAGACAGAAGCUGCCGGCAGCUGCUGUCAGCGUCUGUCGGUGUCUGUCAGUAGCUGUCAGCUGCUGUCAGCGUCUGUCAGCUGCUGUCAGCGUCUGUCGUGUUCUGUGUGCCAUCUAGUCCGUGCCGACGAAUGAUUUCGUUGCAAUGAUACUCCAACCUGCGUGUACAACUCGAAUGUAAGCCACUGUUACGUAAAUAUAUGUGUAGAAAGGUGCAGAAAAGGCAGCCCUAGCACGGGUACCAAGUGUAACAAUUGAUCUGGUUUGUUGCGGAUAAUAAAGGUUGUGUUUC